GUAAUAUUGCUCCAUAUAAUGUCCAAGCAACAUCUGACCUAGGCCCUGGUUGUGUGUAUAUUUAAUGUGUGAGAAAAACAGCUUUGUCUGCAUUAUUUCCAUUUGCUUCUAUCUUCUUGGCCCAUCCUCCUACUGGGACUUGAAGCUGAGCUCAAGCAAUGAGUGAUGGGGGAGGCUCAAGUAAACGCUCAUCUAGUGGAGGCGGAUCUAGCCAGGUCCCGGUUAGCGUGAGGGCACCUGUGCCACCUAGAGGAGCUGUGAUGAAGAAGAUUGUUUCUGACAUGGUUAAACCCUUUGCCACGUCUUCCUCCUAAUCACCAUGAUCAAGCACUGAAGCUUAUCAUGUAUCUUCAUGUGCUGCUCUGCUCUGUAAAUAUUUCUCAACUCUAGCUUUAUGUGAAAUAAACCCUAAUGUAGUCCCCUUAUUAUUAUCAUCCUGUGUAGUUUGGAAUUUCGGAAUUGAUGUAGCUAGUAUCAGUAAUUAACGUUCAUGACUUGUUUGUUUGGAAACUAUUGGAGUUUGUGUUUGGUAAUAUUAUGUCCAAGUUUGUUUGCCAAUGACAAUUUUCUUGAUUGCGUUGAAACUUUUUUUGGAAUUUUGAUGGUGUGAUUCUGAUGGUGUUGAUUACAUUCAUCAACAGCUGAGAAUGCUCAGUGUCCACACACGACUGCGGUCGAAAUCUGAAUGAAGUAAGAGCAAGUCCAGCCUUGCUACCAAAUCGGGCUAAAGGCCCCCCAGGCUAGCCCAAAACGCCUCUAGCGCGCAAGGCCAGCCUUGGCAAGAGCUGGGUCCCACGAGCCCAGGCACGCCCACGGGCAAAUUCAGCCCGAGCUGUUGCCUGGGCAGAUGAUGCAAUGCUGAUGUCAUAAUGAUGUCAGCAACCAAAAAAAUUUGAAAAAAAAUACCAAAAAUUCCAGAAUUUUUUUCAAUAAAUACCUAGGCAUAUUCUUUACUUCCCACACCAAAAACUCUAUACAAAUUCAUCUCUUCAUAUCUCAUGUGAAUAGUAUUUGCUCUUACCCUAGCCUUUUGGGAUGGAACCAAAAAAAGUAAGGCUGCCACUAUUCACGUGAAUAGUGACAACCCUUGCUUUAGCCUUCAUGGGUGGAUUUGCUCUAAACAAACAGAUAAAUACAGUAGCUGCCUGCAUAGUGGGCCUAAAACAUACCUGAAGAGAAAAUGGGGCUGAUGAGUAAGCUUAAUGCCAGACCAAAAAAAGAAGUUGGGUUUCCAAUUGGACCACAAAUUAUUUUGGGCAUGCCCAAACUAAGCGCAACAAAGAAUUAAUUCCCAAACAUUGUCUGCAAUUUCCACUCUAAAGUUAGGGAGGCAUGAUGAAAUCAUGAAAGCAGCCAGCCACCGUCUUCGUAACCGUUGCCCAACGGAUUUCAUACCCGGCAACCAAAUUCAAAUAUCUGAAAAGCAAAAGAACAAAAGCAAAAGCCACAUUCAUACACCCACCCACCUUUUUCCUCAGUUUUCACAAAUAAAAUAGUAUCACCACUAUAUAAAUUUGGUCACUCCUAUGUUCCACAUUAAUUUCCUAGCCUCAUUUUAAUCAAAUUCUAGCAAAUGGGUUCUUGCAUUAGCAAAUGCAGACCCAGAAGACACAUGAUAGAUGAACUCAAUCAUGUCCAAGACAAGCUGGUAAUCUCACAAGCUCCAUCUAGAUUAGCUGCUCCUCCAAUUUCUGCUUCAAACAAAAUCUCCCCCUCUCCUCCAUCCCCUUCCAAUUCCACUUCCUCUGCUUCUUCCUUCACUUGCACCACCAACACAAGCACUUCCCACACCAGCAGCUCACUAACCUCAACCCUGUCAAGUGCUUCUUCAGUCUUGAGUUCGAAAAUCGACCGGUCUUUCUCCAACGAGUUCUUGUGGUCAUGUUACAAGGAAAACCCACAUGUAGUUCGGAUUAAUUCACUCAAAGAAGCAAGCUUUUCCUCAUCAUCACUGCCACAGAAGCCGCUUUUGCCAGCAGCAGUGAAGAAGAAGCAGCCAAACCUGAAAAACGCAAAUGCGUCUGUUACACCUCAGAAGAGAAUGAGGUCAAGUUCACCAACCCCAUUAACAAGACAAAAGAGCUUCCGAAAAGAGCCAGAGAGACCGCCUAUGAUCUCUGCAUAUUCUCACCCAAGUAGAAUCUUGAGGUCACCUUCUCCAAGCAGAAGGUUCAACAUGGCAAACCCACCAAAAGAAUCAAGCCAUUCAAAGCCUAACGCGUUCAAUCUCAGGCCUGCAGCAAGUUCAAAUUACAGCAAUUCAAGCCGGCUGCUUAGACCUUGUUUGAGGAGCAGAGAAACAGAGACGCGCAUUCACAGGAUCAGCUCCAAAAUUGAUGAAGUUGCAGUUGGAGAAGCUCUAGCUGACUAUAUGGACUCUCUUCCAGCUGAGGACAUUGACAACCCCUUAAUCUCUCUCGAUUGUUUUAUUUUCCUCUAGUAGAUUAAUAUUGUGAGUGUGUGUGUGGUCGUGCAUAUAUAUAUUUGAAAAGGUUGUGAAUUCAUUCAUUUAUAUGAUCUGCUGGAUCAAAUUAAUUAAUUUCAACUUCUGUAAA